AUGCUAUUCACAACAACCCUUAUCAGCAUUGCAUCUCUCUGCCUCGCAAAAGAAGUCACUAAAAACCGCAAUACCGAACCAGACGCCAUCAUAGACCAAUUCCCAUGGUACUCCUUCUCCGACGAAACGGGAUUCGACCCGUUGAAAUAUCUGAAAGCUCCUGCUGAGGACGUACUCGAGACACUCGCCUGCACCACUGCAAGAACCCUCCUCAAUUUGUCUCAAAUAAUGUUUUCGUCAGCUAACAAGGAGCAGAAACCCGGCCCGGACAGAGUCGCUUGUCCUGCUGCCAUUGCCGAAUGGUUCGACCUCGUCGAUGAACAACGUCAAAUCAACAUCCCCGGCGGCCAAUGCCGUUCCGUUACCGAGGGGACAUGUCGAACGGUCGCGUGCGCCCCGAGAGGAGAUGUUAGUGUUGCAUUGGAGGAAGUGACGGGAUACAUGUGGAAACCUGUAUCUUCGCGAUGUGUGUUUGGCGGUACAGGAGGAAUAUGGCAGAACAAUGGAUCAACACUAGUGAUCGAGAUGGGACAUGCAAAGAAGGAUUAG